AUUUUCUGCCAAACGGAAUCUACCGAGAGGUAGAACUGCCAUCAACAUAUUUCUCCUCUCUUCCCUCCCUCUCAUUCCCUCUGUCCCUCUAUCCCUCCCACUCGUACAGAUCCUGUGCUAUGAUGCUGAUGAGAGUGCAUCGUUAGCGUCUUUUCAGGCAGUGGGUCGCUCUAUCACUCACUCGCCUCCCCCCCUCCACCUCCGUACGCUGCUUUCCUUCUAUCUCUCUUCCCCUCUCUCUCUCUCUCUCUCUCUCAAACACAUCGCAUAUCUUCAUACACCUCGCUUUAUCUAAGAUACGUUGCGGAAACAAUUUAUUUUGAACUAUUUCUCUUUUUUGUAUUCUGGAAAGGAAUGUGGUUGCCUUCGGUUGAGUGACUGUCAGUUUGAGGAAACAGACGGAAACAUUGCUGAAUAGUGAACAAAGAUCCCAACAGGAGGCGAAGAUCUUCCACAAAAAAAAAAAAAAACUAACAAUCGUGAAAACAAGAUCAAACUCACCUUUUUAACAGUCUGCCUCCACGUUAUCCUCUCCUUCAAAAUGAAUUGCCUUUUAUAAUGAGACUGUUGGAUGCAACAAAUCUGUGUAAUAUGUGGGCUGCCGAGUUGAGAACAUGACAUUUAUUUAACGGUAGAAAAACGCACAUUUCCCACAAGCGUCUACGGGAAUGAAUGACAGAAGGCAGAACAUUGAAAUGAUCGACACGCUAAUUGCGAUUGGAGUUCGCAGCGAGACCUAACGGAGCCGGAGAGUACGGUGGGCGGCUUUACAUGUGUAUUUUUUGAAGAGCUGCCAGAGCGCGGAGAGCGACGUUCCACAGACCGCCAGCACCAACGGAAUCCCACCGCACCGUUCAGCAGCUCGACGUACCGAGGUACCGUCGCCUGCCGCCGUUUGCACCGCGCCACAUCGGGGUACGCGAGAAGACAACAGGGGAACGGACGAGCUACCACCCUCCUAAAAAACGCCUGCAAUUUAGUGUAAGGAGGAAGCCCCGUCCGCCCCCUCCACCUGUGCCGUUGUUAAGGGAACGGAUCGCCCACAGGUUUAGGAAAAAGCCCGUGGGAAACGCCCCCACCCUCUCCGCCUCUCGAUCCCCGAGUGGGAUUGGAGCAUCACUGCUGCCAUGUGCGACCCUCAGCGGGAAUAAACCCAGGCGGCACCGGCCACCGGCAUCGAUAGUACAUGCCCCCCGCGGGACCGCACAUUUCCCACCGAGUCACUGAUUUCUGAAACCAAGGUGCAGUUCCCCAGGGGUGAAGCCUGAGAGGAAUCCUGUGAGCAGCUGUGGUCGCAUUCGUGCUGCCAUGUUACGCCCCUGCCUCUCCGCCUCGCUCCUCCUGCUGGAGCUCGCCCUCCUCACCCAGGCCAGCCCCAAACCCUCGUCUGGCCGGUCAGCCAACUGCUCGGGCGGGGACAGCUGCACGGAGGGCGUGGUCCUGCCGGUGUGGAACCCCCAGAACCCCUCGGCAGGGGACAAGGUGGCCCGCGCCAUCGUCUACUUCGUGGCACUCAUCUACAUGUUCCUGGGAAUGUCCAUCAUCGCCGACCGCUUCAUGACGUCCAUCGAGGUCAUCACCUCGCAGGAGAAGGAGAUCACCAUCAAGAAGCCCAACGGCGAGACAACCACAGCCACCGUGCGCAUCUGGAACGAGACGGUGUCCAACCUGACACUCAUGGCGCUGGGCUCCUCGGCGCCCGAGAUCCUGCUGUCCGUCAUCGAGGUGUGCGGCCACCGCUUUGAGCCAGGUGACCUGGGGCCCAGCACCAUCGUGGGCAGCGCCGCCUUCAACAUGUUCGUCAUCAUCGCCCUCUGCGUCUACGUGGUGCCCGACGGCGAGGCGCGCAAGAUCAAGCACCUGCGCGUCUUCUUUGUCACGGCCGCCUGGAGCAUCUUCGCCUACAUCUGGCUCUACCUGAUCCUGUCGGUGUCGUCCCCGGGCGAGGUAGAGGUGUGGGAGGCCGUGCUCACCUUCCUCUUCUUCCCGCUCUGCGUGGUGCAAGCCUGGAUCGCCGACCGCCGCCUGCUCUUCUACAAGUACGUGCAGAAGCGCUACCGCGCCGACAAGAACCGCGGCAUCAUCGUCGAGACCGAGGGCGACGGCGUCUUCGCCAAGGCCGACAUGGAGAUGGACGGGCAGGGGCUCAACUCCAACCACAAGGAGGCGCUGGACGGGAUGCUGGCAGGCGUGGAGGAAGGCGGAGGGGGCGGAGGGGGAGGAGGAGGAGGAGCAGGAGGGGGGCGGGACCUGGAGGACGAGGCGCGGCGGGAGAUGGCGCGCACGCUGAAGGAGCUGAAGCAGAGGCACCCGGAGAAGGACAUGGAGCAGCUGAUCGAGAUGGCCAACUACCAGGUGCUGGUGCAGCAGCAGAAGAGCCGCGCCUUCUACCGCAUCCAGGCCACGCGCAUGAUGAUCGGCGCCGGCAACAUCCUGAAGAAGCAUGCCGCCGACCAGGCGCGGAAGGUGGUGAGCUGCCACGAGGCCUGCGCCCAGGAGCACGACCCCAACACCAUCCUGCUGGAGUUCCAGCUCACGCACUACCAGUGCUUUGAGAACUGCGGCUCCCUCACGCUCGCUGUGGUGCGCCACGGGGGCGACGCCAGCUGCGCCGUCAAGGUUGACUACCGCACCGAGGACGGCACGGCCAACGCGGGCUCCGACUACGAGUUUGCCGAGGGGACGCUGCUCUUCAAGCCAGGCGAGACGGUGAAGGAGCUGACGGUGGGUGUGAUCGACGACGACAUCUUCGAGGAGGACGAGUACUUCUACGUGCACCUCAGCAACCCACGCGUGGUGGGCCGGGCGGAGCACCCGGCCCUGGAGCCCGGCACGAUCGCCGUCGGCAACAGCAUGGCGGGGCCCUCCCCCCUGGCCUCCCCCAAGGCCGCCCUGGGCCCCGCUCACACCACCACGGUCACCAUCUACGAUGACGACCACGCGGGCAUCUUCACGUUCGAGAGCGCGUCAACGCGGGUGAGCGAGAGCGUGGGCGUGAUGCAGGUGAAGGUGCAGAGGACCUCCGGGGCGCGGGGGAAGGUGGCCAUCCCCUACCACACCAUCGAGGGCACUGCCAAGGCGGGCGAGGACUACGAGGAGAUCGCCGGCAAGCUGGAGUUCCUCAACGACGAAACCAUGAAGAUGAUUGAGAUAAAAAUCAUUGACGAUGAGGAGUACGAGAAGAACAAGACCUUCACCAUCGAGCUGGGAGAACCCGUGCUGCUCGAGAUUGGACAGAAACAUGGAGACUCCAAUGAGAACAAGCCAGUGGUGGGAGCUGAGGAAGAGGAGGUGGCCAAGAUGGGCUGCCCUAGUCUGGGGGAGCACACCAGGCUGGAGGUGGUGAUAGAGGAGUCCUACGAGUUUAAGAACACCGUGGAUAAGCUGAUUAAGAAGACUAACCUGGCUCUGGUGGUGGGCAGCAGCAGCUGGAGGGAGCAGUUUGUCAGUGCUGUGACAGUCAGUGCAGGUGACGACGAUGAGGAGGAGAGUGGGGAGGAGCGCCUGCCCUCCUGCUUUGACUACAUCAUGCACUUCCUGACGGUGUUCUGGAAGGUUCUGUUCGCCUUCGUGCCGCCCACUGAGUACUGGAAUGGCUGGGCCUGCUUCAUGGUGUCCAUCUCCCUCAUCGGUGUGCUGACCGCCGUCACCGGUGACUUAGCGUCCCACUUUGGCUGCACCAUCGGCCUCAAGGACUCCGUCACCGCCGUGGUGUUUGUGGCCCUCGGCACUUCAGUACCAGACACGUUUGCCAGCAAGGUGGCGGCCAUCCAGGACCAGUAUGCUGACGCGUCCAUCGGCAACGUGACGGGCAGCAACGCGGUCAACGUGUUCCUGGGCAUCGGCGUGGCGUGGACCAUCGCAGCGGUGUACUGGCGAAGCAAGGGGAAAAAGUUCCGCGUGGACCCGGGCUCGCUGGCCUUCUCCGUCACCCUCUUCACCAUCCUGGCGCUGGUGUGCGUGCUGGUGCUGCUUUACCGCCGCCGGGCAUCGGUGGCGGGCGGGGAGCUGGGCGGCCCACGCUCCACCAAGGUCCUGACCUCCCUCCUCUUCUUCUCGCUCUGGCUCAUCUACAUCCUGCUGGCCUCGCUGGAGGCCUACUGCCACGUCCCGGGGUUCUGAGAGAGGCCGGAGCCCGCCUGCCCCCGUCAUCUGAGAGUCAGGCCUAACGCCGGGCCUCUGGGAAAGAAAAACACCCAAGACUGCUUCCAUAGACACCCCCCCCCAUGUUCCUUAACUCCUCCUCCUCCUCCCUCCUCCAUCCUCUUAUGUUGUCCCACACCAGUCCCCACAUACCCAAACAACUGCCCUGCCCACCCGAAUACCUGCCCAGCCCACGGCCUCGAUCACCUAAGUAUCCCCCAGCACCACUCUGACCCUCACCCCACCCCCAACGCUGACAGGAUUGGUCAGUAGUUCUGCUUGUUUUAUUAUGUUUGGGAAUUCUUAGCGUGUGUGUAACUAUGACUUUUAAAGAAGUGUUUCUGUAUUUUUUUGUUUGAAAUGAGCAUUGUUCUCCCAUCAAAAUUAAUGUGGACUCUAACCCCCAUUCCCUCUCCCAAGAAUGGGCCCCCGGGGUCAUCAGAAAACUGGUUUCUCCUCUCUAAGGAGACGAGCAGGUGGGGAUAUUCUCUCAUGGGUUUUUGGACACUGUCCACACCUGGACUUGUAAUAUGUCACCUGAGUGGACACUGCCUUGCAGUGUCUUUCUUCCGUGUACUCUCUGUAAAUUCUGGUGUCUUCCUCUCACCUUCCUGCCCUUGUACCAGUGGAGUAAUACCCCCACUAGGGGGCAUACCGUGAUUCACAAAGCUUCCCCCCACAGACUUCUGGGUAAUCCCCCAACCUUCUGACCCUCCUCCCCCAGGCUCAAGCUCAGCUUCCUUCCCCCUGCUUGCUAAUAUCCGUCCUCCAGACAGCCACUCCUAGCCAUGAGACAACAGGAAGAGGCUUGAAAUUUCUUCCAAACCUGACAUCCCCACCUCCCCCACCCCCAAACUCUUAUAUAGCCAUUUUUUCGUCAAUGUCAUGUGCUAGUCUUGUUAUUGUGGAAUCAAAAAAUGAUAUAAAAAUUUUAUAAAAAUAUUAUGGUGUGACUAUGAACAGAGAAUGCACUGAGAAGGAUGGGAGAGAAACUGACUGAAACGCAGAUGGAGCAGAAUGCCCCAUGAAGGAGUUGAAGGAGAUGACCCAGUGCUCAGAGAAAAGCCCUUUUAACUGAGUGGACUUUACACAGAGAACUGGAGGAAAGCACACAGCUGCAGUCAUAUGGGGUGCAGAAUUUGAAUGAUGCAGUGCUUGAGUUUAGGAUGAUCUCUGAAGGAAGGACUCUCCCACAAAUGGAAUCAGUGAAAGACGGUGAUGAAGGUGGUCAUGAUUAUGAUGAAGGUGUUAAUUAUUUAAAUAUAUGUAUUAUCUGCUCAAUAUAAUAUAUGGAAGAAAUUGUAUUUGAGUGUGCAUGCAACAGUGCGUGUGUUUGUGU